AUGGAAGAAAUAGAUGCAAAAAUCAUUCAAUCAGUAUGGAGAUCAUCAGAUAUUGAUUGGUCCUUCUCGCCGUCAAUUGGAUCCUCAGGAGGACUCCUAUCCAUAUGGGACACAACACAAUUCGAAGUUACUGAUCGCCUAGUGAAUCGUUACUGGAUCUCUCUAAAGGGCACCUUCCUAUCAAUCAACUUCGAAUGUGUUCUAAUCAAUAUAUACAAUCCAUGUACUCCAAGUGCAAGAGAAGGCGUAUGGGCUGAAAUCUUUGAUCAUUGGAAGGCAAAUCCAAAGCCAUUUCUUAUAGCAGGGGAUUUCAAUGACAUUCUCAGUUCAACUGAAAGAGGUAGUUCUCAAGUCUCUCAAUGUAGUAUUGAUAACUUUCAAAAAUUUGUGCAGGAUCUUCAGUUAAUGGAAAUUGCUUCUUCAACGAGAGGCUUCACAUGGUUCCGUCGGAACUCAAAAAGCUUGCUAGAUAGACUGUUUGUAAAUCCCGAAUGGCUAACAACAUUCCCCUCCUUGAAUGUAUCCUUAUUACAACGAGGGCUCUCAGACCACUGCCCAUUACUCAUCCUGUCGAAGGAUAAAAAUUGGGGCCCGAAACCUUUUAGGUUUCAAAAUUGCUGGUUAACAGAUCCAAGGUGCUUGAAAAUCAUAAAAGAAGCGUGGUCCAACUCAGCCUCUCUUCCCAUUUGUGACAAACUAAAAGCAACCAAAAGCAACCUUAAAAAGUGGAAUCACGAAGAAUUUGGAAACAUUGAUUUCAUGAUCGCAAAACUGGAGGCCUCUAUCCAAAAUUUUGAUACGAUAGCAAAUGAAAGGGACCUUGAUGAAGAUGAAUUGAAUAGGAGGCAAGCUGAGCAAUCAGAGCUAUGGACAUGGAUGAAAAGGCGGGAGGUUUACUGGGCUCAAAAUUCCAGAAUCAGAUGGCUUAAGGAUGGUGAUAGAAACACCAAAUUCUUCCACACCAUAGCCACGCACAAAAGAAGAAAAAACACAAUUGCGUCAAUAGAAGUGGAGGGCAGACUCAUUGAAGAACCGGAGAAAAUUAACAGGAAGCAAGAGCUUUCUUUAAAAAGAUAUUCACAGAAGAAAGUGUGA